GAAGAGAGCGUCCUUCAGAUAAAACGAAAGGCUCUGCGUUUGUAAUGCGCGAGUGUGUGUAUGUGUGUGUUUGUAAUGCGCGAGCGUGUGUGAUAAGGAGGUGGGGGUGAGAGACCCCGUUGUGUUUUGACCCCCUAAACAACUCCCAGUCUCCAUCUCUCUCUCUCCCUGGUUUAAAGCUUCAUCGCUCAUUGUGGAGAGACGCAUUUGAGCCCAACGCGUCGCUUCAUGGACAUCGAUAGAGCGGAAAGGACGCGACAUCAUCUCAAACGCGCCGCUAAUGCUGGAUACUCGGCCCGGUCCACGCUUCUGCUGCUACAUUCUUAUUAAGUUCUUGUAGAGAGUGUGUCUUAUCUGCCGCUCUGGUGUGUGUUGUCAUCCGUCAGUGAGUGUGUGAGCUCGGCUUCCGUAUCGCAUGGAGAAGAGGUAUGAGGAGUUGGUGCAGUACCCAGGCUCUGACGCCAUGCCUGUGGGAGACUACAGGGACGUCAUGAGGUCACUUCCUCCACCUCACUACGGCCACACUGUGCCUGACUCCCUGAAACACCAUCGGGACCAAAUCUACGGUCAUCCCCUGUUUCCACUUCUGGCUCUGGUGUUUGAAAAGUGUGAACUUGCCACCUGCUCACCACGAGACUCCACCUCCAUGUCAAACUCUGCCCACCUCCCUGGCAUGACCAAUCACAGUGACGUCUGCUCCUCUGAGUCGUUCAAUGACGAUAUCGCAGCCUUUGCCAAACAAAUUCGAUCAGAGAAACCUAUCUUUUCAUCAAAUCCGGAACUGGAUAAUCUGAUGAUCCAGGCCAUUCAAGUUCUACGGUUUCAUCUAUUAGAGCUAGAAAAGGUUCAUGACCUCUGUGAUAAUUUCUGCCAUCGGUACAUCACCUGCCUAAAAGGCAAGAUGCCCACUGAUUUGGUGCUGGAGGACCGGGAGGGAGGAUCCAAAUCUGACAUGGAAGAUUUCACUGGCUCUUGCACCAAUCUGUCAGAACAAAAUCAGUCUUGGUUGCGAGACCCGGAUGACUGUGUGUCGACCCCCUCAGGCACUCCCAGUGCCUCCUGUGGCCUCACCUCACACAGCGCAGAAAACUGCAGCGACGCCGGUGAUGGGUUGGAUGGAAGUGUGGCAUCUCCCAGCACGGGAGAAGAAGAUGAAACAGAUAGAGACAGGCGAAACAACAAGAAAAGAGGAAUCUUUCCCAAAGUUGCAACAAACAUUAUGAGAGCUUGGCUCUUCCAGCACCUGUCGCAUCCAUACCCGUCCGAGGAACAGAAGAAACAGCUCUCCCAAGACACGGGUCUCACUAUACUGCAGGUCAAUAACUGGUUUAUAAAUGCCAGACGCAGAAUAGUCCAGCCAAUGAUUGACCAAUCAAAUCGCUCAGGCCAGGGUGCUCCGUACAGUCCGGAGGGGGCAGCUCUAGGAGGAUAUGGGUUAGAUGCACAGUCUCAUUUAGGUCUUAGGACAGUAGGACUUCAGGGAAUGCCGUCCCUGCCCACAGAUUACCCCGGGGCCCUUCUUCCACAACCGGGAUACUCGCACGCUGGUCCUUCCUUGCACCCCUACCCCGGCCCCCACACUGCCAUGCUGCUCCAUCCGCCACCCCACAGCCACCCCGCUGAACCCCUCAUAGGACAAGGCCUUGACAUACAUGCCCACUAACUUUGAGCGGAGCAGGGGAGGGUGCGCUGAAAAAUGGGAUGGAAGGGUACAUUGUAAAUUGACUUUGCAGUACAACAGCCCAUCAUUCUCACCAAACCUUCAGGGCAUCACCACGGUCGACACAUAAUGACUCUUGAGAAUGUCUUAAAUGCACUGACCUGGCAUCACAAAUGUAUCAAAAUGUCCAUUUUAUGCACUCGGCUCCCAUGCAAUGCCCAUCUCGAAUGCCUGACAGACUUGUUACAUUCCUUAACCAUUUAUCAACAUUUAUAUAUCCGAUCUACUCAUGACAAUGCUCUGAAUGCACUGUACUUAAUACAUCUAUCUACUAGUUUUUAUGCACAUUGCUGGGUUUGAUUGAAUAUACCCAUGUCUUCCUAUGGCCUUAGGAGUGAGCUGAAAUCUUCCUUAAUCUAACAUUAAGGCCUUCAUUGCCUUUCUUGCCUUGCCUCCGAAAACCCUCUUGAGGAUCACAAACGGAAAAACACUGCAUAUACCUCCUCAGUCAGGAUCUGAACAUAUCAAAAAAAGUCCUGAAAUAGUCUUCUGAGAUGAACAAUUGCACCAAAUCCUUAUAACCUAACUGCUGAACAUGGUUAAUAAAAUGUAAGGGUGAAGCUCACGAAACCAGGUCACAUUUCACCCCCAAAUCAUGACAUUUUGCUAAAGAAACCUAGGAAUGAGAAUACAUUUUGCAUUGCAUUGCAAUAUUAUUUUCAUGAUAUUGAAUUGCAUUUUCCACAAAUUUCUUGCUGUAAUGCGUCUGAAUGUUUUUGUUUUUUUUUUAAUUCUUAUUAUUCCUAAUAGUGACUCAUUAGCUUCCCUUAUGACAAUAAUACAGUAAAACCUGUUUUUCAUGUAGGAAAGAUAUCAUUCUUGUUUUGAUUUUGGGGUGAAAGAUUUUGUGAGAUUCACCCGUAAAAAGUCAAAGAGCCAAGAGUCCUUGUCUUCCUAGCUGAGGGCCAUAUACAUUUCUUUUAGUUCUGCUAAGUCAUUCUCAUUUAGUUUUACACAUUAUUUAAUUUAAUUUUUAUGUUAAUUUUCUUUUUUUGUGUAUUUAUCUGUCAGAACUACGGCUACUCCAAAACUUUAAAGUGACAAUAAUCCGAGUGCCACGUUUUUUGAAUAUCUCGAUUUGAUAAAAAAGUGAAUAUGUUCUUCAGUUAUUUGAAGUUUAUGUGAAUGUUUACCUGCUGAGGUCCCGACAGGCACAUUUUUGGUUUGCUCUGAAGGACCUGACAUUACCAUCAAUAAUUUGUCUAAUUUUAUCACACAAAUGUAUUAAUAACCACAAGAAUCUCUGAAAAUACUUUUGGAGAUUUGUUGGAAAGCAAUGGACUUCAAUCUUGGAAACCUGAGCUCUUUUUUGUCAUUCCCCCAUCUGCAUUAAAACAUAUUAUGUGACUGUUGAUGAGUGUUUAUGAUGAUAUGAUUUAAGGUAUUUUAUCAUUUUAUCAACAAGCAUUGACACAAUGUAUCUUUUGAUCAUUUACAAAUUUAAAGAGGAAUUUAAGUUAAUGUAACUAAUGCAUAAUACAUAUUUAAUUAGCUGCAUUUCUAAACACAGACAUAUUUAUAAAGCACAACAAACCCACUCUAUAAAUGGAAAAGUGAGAUUUUUAAAAUGUUGAAUCUAGUUGAAGUAUAAAUUAAAUAAUUCAAUUAAUUAAGACUAAAAGAAUAAAAAAGAGGACAUUUGAAUUUGAGAGAAGCAACAUUUCAGCUAAUUUAAUAAAAUCACUGUUGUUUUUAUCAUUUUGAGGGCAAUUUUUGUCUAUUGCAUCUCUUUGUUUAAAAGGUAUCAAAAACUGAAAUUAAAGAAAAUAAAUAAAAGUUUCAACAUGUGGGUUGGCUUUUGCUUUCCUUGUCAUCACAAAUC